CAUGAUGGCUGAAGAUCCUGGAGGACCUUAUUUUAAUCUCUCCUUUAUUUUUCUCAGUUUCUCCUUAUCUCUGCUUGUCGUUCCGACAUGGCAGGAGCCACAACUACGAUAAGCGGCCACAGUCCCCCACUGCCGCAAUGCCCAAGAAAGGGAACCGAAAACGGCUGAAAUUCCGGGCCGAGGAUGUUUGCUCGGAGUCAGUUACUGUGUCCGACUAUGCCAAUUCAGAUCCAGCCAUUGUGAGGUCCGGGAGAGUCAAAAAAGCUGUUGCUAAUGCAAUUGCAAAAGAAGUGAAACUGCUGUGUGGGCUUGAAGCGUCUGGAGGCCCGGUGCGGGACGUGCUGUCGUCCGCGCGCAGUGACAGCGGCGUGACGUGCGUCAGCAGCGAGGAUGCCGACCCGGAAGAUGACGUCACUGAGACAAAGGGAUUUCGGAAAAAGAAGAACAAGAGACGUAAAGAAAGCCAAGCAUGCAGUGACGGACAAGAAUAUCCCAUUGAUGUUUGGCUGCUGCUGGCCUCAUACAUCCGCCCAGAGGACAUUUGUACCUUUGCUUUGAUCUGCAAAAAUGCUUGGACUGUCACUUGUACCGCUGCCUUCUGGACCAGAUUAUACAGAAGACAUUACACUCUGGAUGCAGCCUUGCCACCCCGCCUGCAGCCAGACUCCAUCGGGAGGAUGCGUUGUCUCCGCGCCUGUGUAAUUCGUUCCCUCUUUCACAUGUAUGAGCCCUUUAGCUCCCGUGUGUCCAGGUCUCCCUCCCUCCCAGAGUCCACACCCACCACACUUCUCAAUUCCAAGUGUUUACUCUUCUGGGUCAAGAAGGUGGAUGGAAAUAGACCAGAACCAAUGUGGGAAUUCAAUUUCAAAUUUCUGAAAGAGCCUGCCAAGUAUAAAAAUGGCUGUGGAAGGGUGCUUCAGCUACCUAGCCAGUAUGUGGAGGUCCAUUCCAAUCCUGACUCAGACUGCUAUCUCCUGCAAGUCACCACGCUCAAUUUCAUUUUCACUUCUGUUGUUAUGGGCAUGACACUAACCCUGUUUACUAUCAACGUCAGCACAGACAUGAGACACCAUCGUGUGCGUCUAGUGUUCCAGGACUCGCCUGUCCUUCGAGGAAAGAAACUGCGCAGCGAACAAGGGGUCCAGGUGGUGCUGGACCCUGUCCACAGUGUACGUCUCAUUGACUGGUGGCACCCACAGUACCCCACAUCCGCAAACACCUAACCCCUUGCUUGUAGUUGUCCCACAGCCUUGCCCACCUCACACACACACACACACACAUAUAUAUAUAUAUAUAUAUAUAAUAUAAAAAAAAGAAGGCUGCUUUGUGGGAUGUGUUGAAAACAGACUUUCCUUUGACCUAAAUGUGAUCCAGAAUGCCCAAAGCUGGAUGUUCAAACAAUUUCUGGGAUUCUUAGAAAAGAAAAUGUCAGCAGUAAAUUGUUAGACUGGAGACAGAAUGUUGCACUGUACUUGUGUAGUAAACAUAGAAUGAUGUGUAUUGGCCUGGAUGUAUAUGUAGCAACAGAUCAGAUGUAUUUGUGGGGACAGAUUCUGCAGUGUUAUUUUUAUUCAUAUCACCCUCUGUAAUAUUCAUUGCCAAAAUUAAGAAUAUGUAAGAACUCUCCUACAUAUUGAGCCUGAUUUUAUUUGAGGAACAGGUGAAGGGAAAGAUGGCCAAAUUGGAUUUGUGUAAGACAUUCUUUGUUUUGAAUUUCAUUGCUUAAUUAUGUAGAAUGCUGGGGUGUAAAGGGGACAGAUUUAUGGUUUUAAUUGUAGAAUAAAUGUCCUUUUCAAAA